AUGUUCCUCAUUUUCAACAAGGUCAUCGGGACUGGAAUUUUCUCGACGCCGUCGGUCGUCUUCGCCUCGGCCGGGUCCGUAGGUGUUAGCCUCAUCCUGUGGCUCGUCGGCGCCAUCAUCGCCUUCUGCGGCCUCAGCGUCUUCCUCGAAUUUGGCCUCGCGAUCCCUCGCUCCGGCGGGACCAAGAACUAUGUCGAGCGGGUGUACCGCCGUCCUCGCUACCUUGCCUCGUGUCUCGUGGCGGCCCAUGUUAUUUUCCUCGGCUUCUCGUCCGUCAAUGCUCUCUCCUUCAGUCGCUACGUCUUGCGCGCCUCGUCCGGUCGCGAGUCGGACGGCUGGCAGGUCCGCGCCAUUGCCGUCGCCGUCGUCACGUUUGCCGUCGUCGUCCAUAGCGUUCUUCCGAAAUGGGGAAUAAGACUAUUUACCGUCCUCGGCGUCGUCAAGGUCGCUAUCCUGGUCUUCAUUGUCUUUUCUGGAUUCGCCGCCCUCGCCGGCCACCGGCGCGUACCCGACCCUCAUAACUUCGACGACAGCUUCGAGUCCGAAAGCGGCGGCGGAGCCUAUGCCUUCUCCAAAGCCCUGCUCAGCGUCAUCUACAGCUAUGGCGGCUGGGAGAGCUCGACCUACGUCAUGGGCGAGCUGAGGCGACCGGGCAAAACACUGGCUGUUGCUGCUCCCUUGGCCAUCGGCAGCGUCGCGACCCUCUACAUGCUCGCAAACGUGGCUUAUUUUGCCGCAAUUCCCAAGGCGCAGCUGGCCAAGUCCGAGGUUCUCGUGGCCGACGUUUUCUUCCGCAACAUGUUUGGCGACAGCGCCGCAUCCCGCGUCCUGCCUAUAUUCGUGGCGCUCAGCAACCUUGGGGGUAUCCUUGCCGCGAGCUUCGUAAACUCUCGCCUCAUCCAGGAGCUAGCCAAGGAGGGGCUGUUGCCCUUCAGUCGAUUCUGGGCCUCGACUAGGCCCUUCAACUCGCCGGCAGCGUCGCUCUUUUUGCAUUGGAUCGUAACUACUAUUGUCCUCUUCGCACCGCCAGGAGGGCCUGCUUACACCCUCCUCGUCAACGUGUCCGCAUACGCCAACGCCUGGGUCAAUGCCUCGGUCGCUGCUGGCCUCUUGUGGCUCCAACACAAGAAGUCGGAGCAGUGGAGCUCACCGUGGCAUACCUACCUCCCCGUGUCCUUAGCCUUUUUGUCGGUCAACCUGUUUCUCAUCGUCGCACCGUUCAUUCCGCCCCGGGAGGUCCGGAAACCUGGCGAGUACCCCUACUAUGUCUUUCCUAUCGUCGGGAUAGCUACGUUUUUCUUGGCCAUCAUUUACUGGGUACUGUGGAGAAAAUUGAUCCCCUACUGCAGCGGACAUAGGCUGGUCUCGGAGCGAACCUUUGAGAACCAAGUCGAAACUGUUCGUUAUCGCAAGCUUGCAGUCACCCACCGGUGGCCCCGAAGAGGAUUAGGAACCUAG